AUGACGAAAGCCUCACCGGAGCCCUUUUUGACACCGAAAAACAAUAUCUCAGAGGAGGACUUUAAAUGGUGGAGGGGAAUACAGACGGACAGACGUGACUUCAAUGUGUACAAAAAAACAGCGGAGAAAGUGUUUCAGAUGUUCCCUCGCAGUAUUGAUAUGCCAAAACCCAGCCCUAAUCGCUGCAGGACUUGUGCGGCUGUGGGAAAUUCUGGUAAUUUGAACGGAUCACACUACGGACCUCUAAUAGAUUUGCAUGAUACCGUCAUAAGAAUCAACGGAGGCCCAACCAAAGGCUAUGAGAGAGAUGUCGGAAACAAAACCACACAUCGGGUGAUGUAUCCAAUGACUGCUACUAAUCUGGACAACAGCACUCAUCUUGUGAUGUUCCCAUUCAAGAUACAGGAUUUAGAGUGGCUCAUCGAUGCUUUCACUGCAAG